UCUUCAACCAACCCCAACCUCACCUUCUUCUUCGGAUCCCUUCAUAUAUACCGUACCCUCCCUUCUUUCCUCUCUCUUUUUUGAUCAGUUAUUCGUUGCAUGCCAGUGAUGGAUACUUUUCUCUUCACCUCCGAGUCUGUCAAUGAAGGUCACCCUGACAAGCUCUGCGAUCAAGUCUCUGAUGCCAUCUUAGAUGCUUGCCUGGAACAAGACCCUGAAAGUAAAGUCGCUUGUGAGACAUGUACCAAGACAAAUAUGGUUAUGGUCUUUGGUGAGAUCACCACCAAGGCCAAAGUGGACUACGAGAAGAUUGUCCGUGAUACCUGCAGAGGCAUUGGAUUUGUAUCAGCUGAUGUGGGCCUCGAUGCUGAUAAUUGCAAAGUCCUUGUCAAUAUUGAACAGCAGAGCCCUGACAUUGCCCAGGGUGUUCAUGGGCACCUCACCAAAAAGCCUGAGGAGAUCGGAGCUGGUGACCAAGGCCACAUGUUCGGAUAUGCCACAGAUGAAACCCCUGAGCUGAUGCCACUCACCCAUGUCCUUGCUACCAAGCUUGGAGCCAAACUCACUGAAGUGAGAAAGAAUGGGACAUGCCCCUGGCUGAGGCCUGAUGGCAAGACCCAAGUGACUGUUGAAUACCGGAACGAGGGUGGAGCCAUGGUCCCAAUCAGAGUCCACACUGUCCUCGUCUCAACUCAACAUGAUGAAACUGUUACAAAUGAGCAGAUAGCCAAGGACCUAAAGGAGCAUGUGAUCAAGCCAGUCAUUCCACCUCAGUACCUGGAUGACAAGACCAUCUUCCACCUCAACCCGUCAGGGCGUUUUGUCAUUGGUGGGCCUCAUGGGGACGCAGGGCUUACAGGAAGGAAGAUAAUCAUCGACACUUACGGCGGCUGGGGUGCUCAUGGUGGUGGUGCAUUCUCCGGCAAGGAUCCCACGAAGGUGGAUCGCAGUGGUGCAUAUAUUGUCAGGCAGGCCGCAAAGAGUGUGGUGGCUUCAGGGCUUGCCCGCCGCUGCAUUGUACAGGUUUCUUAUGCCAUUGGUGUUCCAGAACCUUUGUCUGUGUUUGUGGACACUUACAAAACAGGGAAGAUCCCUGACAAGGAUAUACUGGCUCUCAUCAAGAAGAACUUCGACUUCAGGCCAGGGAUGAUUUCAAUCAACCUUGACCUGAAGAGAGGAGGCAACUUCAGGUUCCAGAAGACUGCUGCGUAUGGGCAUUUUGGCCGUGACGACCCAGAUUUCUCUUGGGAGACUGUCAAGCAGCUCAAGCCUGAGAAGGCCUAAAAGUCUGCCCUCUUUCCCAGUGGAUGUGUUUCUAGUACAUUUGUCAUCUUCAUUUAAAGACUCCCUUUUUUAUUUGAAAAGUACAUAGGAACAUCGCUGAGUUUGACUCUGGAGGAGACAGGGAUUUAGGAAUCAUAUAGUUGAAGUUGGGGAUGGUAGAUGUGAUCAUUAGAGUUCACAUUGUUCUUUGCAUCUAGCUAGUGGUCUCUAUUAAUGAUUUGGAUUUUAAGAAUGUGAGAUUAAUCAUUGGUCUUGGCUGUGGUAUUGACAGUA